ACCCAGGCCUUGGACCGCCAGACAGCUACUCAACUGCUUAAGCUGGCCCACAAGUACAGACCAGAGACAAAGCAGGAGAAGAAGCAGAGAUUGUUGGCCCGGGCCGAGAAGAAAGCUGCGGGCAAAGGGGAUGUCCCCACUAAGAGGCCACCUGUCCUUCGAGCUGGGGUUAACACUGUCAUCACCUUGGUGGAAAACAAGAAGGCUCAGCUGGUAGUGAUUGCACAUGAUGUGGAUCCCACUGAGCUGGUGGUUUUCCUGCCUGCCCUGUGUCGUAAGAUGGGGGUUCCCUACUGCAUUAUCAAGGGGAAGGCCAGGCUGGGGCGUCUGGUCCACAGGAAGACCUGCACCACUGUCGCCUUCACACAGGUCAACUCGGAAGACAAAGGAGCUCUGGCAAAGCUGGUGGAAGCCAUCAGGACCAAUUACAAUGACAGAUACGAUGAGAUCCACCGCCACUGGGGAGGCAACAUCCUGGGUCCGAAGUCUGUGGCUUGCAUUGCCAAGCUGGAAAAGGCAAAGGCUAAAGAACUGGCCACCAAACUGGGCUGAGUGGAUGCUGUUGAAUUUUCUAUACAUAAAAGUAAUAAAACAUUGUCUUUC